UCAUCAUCAUCAUCAUCCUUUCUUUCUCUACAACUUCUUCCCCCAUCUGGGUUUUCAUCUUCAACCAUGAAGCUCAUCAAAAUUAGCCCUAAAAAUCUCAGUCCGAAACGCCUCUUCGGGUCCAAGAAGGACCGGUCCUCCGUGUCCCGCUCCGAGCCGCCGUCGUUCGGUUCCGGAACGGAUUCUUCCUCCUCCUCUUCCUCGGACUCAAUUCACAAGCCCGGGGCCGGAGCCGGCGGUAUCACCACGCCCACCAGCGUUUUGCCCGAAAAAUCGGGUGACUGGUCCGAUUUUUCGGCUGAUCUCGACAUGGCCCAAGCGUUUAAGCUUAUAGACCGGGACAACGACGGAGUGGUGUCGAGGAAAGAACUCGAGGCGCUUCUGUGCCGGCUCGGGAACGACCCGCCGAGUCAAGAGGAGGUGACGUUGAUGCUGAGCGAGGUGGACCGAGACGGCAACGGUUCGAUAACCCUUGAGGCUUUAUUGAACCAGGUCGGACCGGUUUCCGGUCCAGCUGCCGACUCGGAGCUUCGGGAUGCGUUUGAAGUGUUUGACACGGAUAACGACGGCAAAAUAUCGGCGGAGGAACUUUUGAGGGUUUUCACGGCUAUAGGGGACGAACGGUGCACGUUAGAGGAGUGCCGGCGUAUGAUAGACGGGGUAGAUAAGGACGGGGAUGGGUUCGUGUGCUUUGAGGAGUUUGUUCAUAUGAUGGAGCUGCAGAGAUGAAAUGGAUGUAUGGUAUUUAAGAGUCUUAAAAAUAUUGAAAUGAUCAGAGGAUCUGACGGCUUGGAUUUAA